UGGUGAUAGGGUUUAACAAUAUAUAUGCGCAUUAGUGUAUAUACAUGUAAUUAUAUCCAUGCAUGUUUGGUGUAAGACAGAAGUAUCGUCUUGAUUUGCAUGUCUUAGGCUAGCUGAGUGGCUAAUGCUAAGACCAAGGCCUGAAACUUUGACGGUAUUCUGUACAGGGUGAUCAUGGGCAUCAAGGUCCAGCGACCUCGGUGCUUUUUGGAUGUUGGAAUCAAUAAUGUGCUCAUUGGCAGAAUUGUGGUAGAAUUGUUUUCAGAGAUCUGUCCCAAAACCUGCGAAAACUUCAGGUGCCUCUGUACAGGGGAGAAGGGAAUUGGCAAAGGCACCCAGAAACCCCUACACUACAAAGGAUGUUUGUUCCAUCGAAUUGUAAAAGAUUUUAUGAUUCAAGGAGGAGACUUUAGUGAAGGUAAUGGAAGAGGCGGCGAGUCGAUCUAUGGAGGCUUUUUUGAAGAUGAAAGCUUUGCUGUUAAACACAACAAGGAGUACCUGCUGUCUAUGGCUAAUAGAGGAAAGGAUACAAAUGGAUCACAGUUCUUUAUAACAACAAAACCUUCCCCACAUCUGGAUGGUGUCCACGUGGUUUUUGGCCACGUCAUCUCUGGCCAGGAGGUUGUUCAAACCAUGGAGAGCCAGAAAACUGAUCCUAAUAGCAAACCAUAUGCUGAGGUGAAGGUUUUAAACUGUGGAGAGCUGGUUCCCAAAUCUAAAGCAAAGAAAGAUAGUAAAAAGAGAGAACAUGCCUCCUCCAGUUCAAGCAGUAGCUCCAGUGACUCGGAGAGCUCAUCAGAGUCGUCCUCUGAGUCUGAAGAAUCUGAGAAGGAGUCCAAGAAGCGCAAGAAGAAAGCAAAAAAGUUAAAAAAGAAACAGAAGAAGAUGGACAAGAAAAAGGCAGAGCCUGAAAGCAUAGAAGAGAAAGAGCAGGAGGAGUUGGUUACAUCUACUGUACGCCCUGAAGAAAUCCCACCCAUACCAGAGAACCGAUUCCUCAUGAGGAGAAGUCCCCAAGCAGUCCAGUUAAAAGAAGAGGGAGAAAAAGACCAAAGGAGAAAAGAAGAACGAACAAGAGACACUACUGGCCCAGUGUAUAAUUCAGCAUACAACAGAAGACUAGUGAUGACACGAUCUGGCAGAAAGAUAAAAGGCAGAGGUCCAAGGAGAUACCGAACCCCAUCACGCUCUCGUUCAAGGUCCAGAGAGCGUUUUCGACGAAGUGAAACUCCUCCACACUGGCGUCAGGAAAUGCAACGUCAAAGGAUGAGGGCAGUUACUGGAGAGCGCUGGAUUAAGGGUGACAGAGGUGACUUGAAUGAGACCAAGGAUGAAGAUACUAAAGGUCCAAGAAGAGAGAGACAGUCCUCCACCAGCAAGCAUGAAAACACAGCUGAGGAUAAAAAGGACAAAAAAGGAAAGAAAAGAUCUCACAGAUCUAAGAGCAAAGAGGAGGAUACUGCAGAUAAGGAUGAGAAGCAUAGCAAACACAAAGCAAAGAAAAGAGAGAAAUCUCAAAGCCGCAGUAAAAGCAGAGAAAAGAGUAGAAGGUCAAAAAGCAGAGAGAAGGGCCACAGGCAUAAAAACUAUGACAGGAGAGGUCGUUCCAAGAGCAAAGACCGAAAUGGGAAAAAGAAAGAGAAGGAGUCUGAAUCUGAUCACAGCAAAGAUAGAAAUAAGGGUCAUGAAUCUGACACCAAGCAGAAAGAGGACACGAAAGAAAAAAAUGCUGAGAGAUCACAGUCCAAAAGCAAGGAAAGAAGUGCUACAAAAGACGAGCGUAGGUCAAGCAGCAGACACAGGGAUCGAGGUGGGAAAGACAAAGAAGAGAAACGAGAGCGAGGCAGAGAGCGUAGUAGGAGCCAGGAGAGACGACGCAACAGUGAGAGGGACAAUAAGAGGCGUGGGACGUCCAGGGACAGGGACCGGCGAACCCGAAGUCCAGACAGAAAUCAGACUAGAGACUCUCAUAGAAGCAGGCGCUCCAGAAGUAAGAGUAAUAAACGAGACCACAGUAAAGAUCGAUCCUCUCACAGAAGAGACAGAGACCAAGCAGGCGGCAGCCGACGACGGCACAGCAGCAGCUCUGAAAGCGACAAAGACAGGAAAAGCAAGGACCGCAAGAGCCCAGAAUCCAGGAGGCACGCGAAGGGUAGCCCUGAGUCCAAAACCAGAAGAAGCCCAGCCAGACCCAGACCAGAUAGUACAAAAGACAAAAGUGACAGCAAGAGGGAUAGAUCGAGCUCUAGCUCCAGCUCUGAGAGCGACUGAGCCUGUGACAUCAUGAGGUGUAGGUUAGAUUUUUUUGACUUUGUCUGCUUUGUACCAUCUCAGCAACAGUAGUAUGUAGAGUGGGACAUGCUGUCAUACCUCAUUCAGUGCAGAUACCCCGUUUUUACAGAACCAUGAUACUCCAGUAGGUAACCAACACACACACACACACACACACACACACACACACACACACACACACACACACACACACACAGAAGCCUUGCUCUGCGGAGAAAAAAGUCCUGUCCUCCAAUGAAUCUCACUACUUCUACAGCUGAGAGCUACCUACAUGGUUCAUGAUAUUAGUGAGUGUUAAACCUAACUUUUUUUAAUUAUACUGUAUGUGUCACCAGAAUCAGUUUGGACUGUUUUUCUUGUUGGUAAAUUAUAUUUUGUCUUAAUCUAAAUUUCCGAUUUCAGACUAUAAAGAUUUUACUGCAAAAGGUAUAAUUUUAAACAUCUUUUUCCCCUGAAGACAUUUUCUAUACAAAUUUAUUUGAUGCAGUUGGUUUAACCGCUAAUUGGCAAAGUGUGUUGUCAUGUUUUUAUAUCAGUCGGUUCAAAGGAAACUGAGGAGGAAGACUAGACAUGUUUUUUUUUUUUUUUGCAUGCUUGUCAUUGUCUUUAAAAAGAAAUGUGUACAUCAGUGACUUUACUUUGUACAUCUCCAAACUUAAUGUAAACCUCUUUUUCCUUGAAAAUAUGAAAAUGUCAAUGUAAGUACAACAUAAAAUCAAUUUCUAGUAA